GUGUGUCUGCUCCCGUGUGAGUGAGCAGCUUGACGUGUGGACGAACUCUCAGCAUGGACCCAGGACCUCCACACCCAGAGCCCGACAUGAACGCGGAGUCAGAGUGAGAGAAAGGGGAGUGGGAGCUCGUGGAUCAUGUGGAGGAGCUUCAGACACGGAUCGAAAUAAACUCUGCAGACUAAAGACACACGAGUCCUGAGCCAUGAAGCUGAAUCCACAACAGGCUCCCCUCUAUGGGGAGUGUGUGUUGACGGUGCAGCUCGAUGAUGAAGAUGUGUGUCCCACUGACAAGGAAGAGGAAGAGGAGAAAGCAGAGUUUUACCUUUUAUUCUCAGGAUCCACUCAGAGACACGUGAGCAGCACGCUGAGAGUCAGCCAGGUCACGCUGCAGGCAGUGUGUCCAGCCCAUAAUGUGUGUGAGCAGGUCUUGGUGACGUUGUGCGUGGCUCGGCACGGUGGACCAGUGGACAAAGAGUCUCAGGAGACCUUCUGCUUUGUACAGGACCUGGCUCUGGACAUGGCUCACUUCCUACUUGACAGCACAGAUCCACAGGAAGCCCUUCUGCUGGAGGAGCAGCAGAUCCCCUUGAAGGAGUGUGAGAAGCUGGAUCAGAGUCUGGCCCUGGCCCUCAAACACCUCAGCCUGCCCCCCAACAGGACAGCACCUGUGGAAGCACAGACGGGGACAUCCCUCACAGAAACACAGACACACAAAGACAGAGAGACACGUGGGGACACAGGGAACGAUGUCUCAGCAUUACUGGACAGCAGCACCGCUGAGGCUCAGGUCAAGCAGCUCUGUAGUCUGCUGCACUUGGCGGCCCGUCACGGUCUGCUAGCAGUGGCCUCGUAUGUCCUGCAGCAGCCCGGAGGUCGGGAGGCGUUGAGAAAGACGGACACUCGAGGAGAGACGGCCGCUCGAGAGGCUGAAAGACGAGGACACGAGCAGCUGCUGGAGCUGUUUAAACGGUAUGAGACGUCCCAACAUGCUGAGGUGGAGUCACAGCAGCAGGUUUACCCAGAAAGCCGAGUGUUUCGACACCAUGCGAAUCUGGGUACCUACACCCUAACACUCCCCGCGCUCCAUCGGAAAGAGAAGAGGGCAGAGCCUGGGAGCAGAGAGCACCUUUGGGAGGAGGUGGAGCAGCUGAGGAGGCUGAUUCAUGGUCACAGAGACACAAAGGGAAGUUCAGGUGUGUGUGGUCCCAGUGCAGCCACGCACACCUCCCUGCAUGCGUGCACUAACAGCCAACAGGGGAGCAGGCAGGAUGCAGGCCUUGCAGUAACCAUAGAGACGUGCAGCACAACAACAGAGGAACAGGGUAGUCCUCUAUCAUUGGAGGAGAGGACACAGAGGGAGGAGCCUGCUGGUGUCAGUCAGAUUUCCUGUAGCAGUGGAAGUCUUCGUCAGGCCCAGGAAGUUCGGGCAGAAGUGAAGGGAUCUCCAGCUGCCGGCUCUCCUGCCGGCCGCAACAGAAAAAACAAAAAGAAGGCAGCGAGAAGUAAAAAGACCAGCUCAGAGGAGAGAAAGAGGACUGAGCAGAGGAAGACUGAGACAGCAGAGAGGAACACAGAUGGAACGACUUUAUCCACAGGACCAGUCGGGGAGUCUGUGAUUGGUGUAGGAGCAGACACAAAAACUGUGGACGCAGAAGAGACUGCAUCACUCAUAAAGCCUGGUGGGAAAUGUGACGACAGUAAAGCAGAGACCAUCAUAGAAAAACAGGAAGCAGAGAAGUGGGAAGUGGACCUGCUGAUGUGUGAGCGAGCUGCAGAGACAGAAUCUGUGACAGAGAUAGAGCAGAGACUCACUGAGGGACAAACGGAGACUCCAAGAGGACUCAGCUCAGACCUGGGAUCAGCUGCACAGAUCACAGUAACCAUGGGUCAGGAACAAUCCCAGGACCCCCAAGAGAACCAGUUAGACCCAGAGGGGCCAAGUCCCUCUGAUACAACGAAGCCAAGUCCUCAUUCUGUCAUGAAGACCAACCCCAGGUCUCCUGACGCUGAGAGGAAACCCCGGAGAGUGCUGUGGAGGGACGGAGGCUGGAUCGGAAGCAGAAUGGGAUCACCCCCAAAUGGACAAGACGAAGACACAAAUACAGUGUGGUAUCAGGCUGAAGACCUGGAGCAGAGGGACGGUGAGCAGAGCGAUGUAAAGUCGCAGUCUGUUUGGUACGACAGAGAUACAGGGGAUCAGAAGGAACAAGAACAACUGGAGCAGAGAGAAGGAGAGGAAAAAGAAGGUGAUCUCAGCUCUCCACAGCUGUUCACAAAGAGUUCUCAUCAGCCGUCUGCAGAUCUUACUCAGCCACAUGCUGCUGGAACACCACCAGCCCCGUCACAUGGGCCCGCUGCACAAAGACGGGAAGUACACGCAUCACAGAGAGAGGAGGAAGUAGGGCCGGAUUGUAAGGAGGAGGGCAGCACUCACAGCAGAAAGAACUCUGAAACAGCAGACAACGAGGAGACUGAGGGAAAAGGCCGAAAGAAGAGGAGGAAGAAGAGAGGGAAGAAAGGAGGCACAGAGGCCAAACUCAGCUCAAGCUCCAGCGUCGAGUCUCAGAGUCAUACUGAGACUCCGACAGAACCAGAGACUAACCUCAACCCAGAAGACAAGACACAAACAGGAAGGGCAGACACUCAGCCGACACACAGAGAGGAAACCGACCAGGCCGCCAUGACUCUACCCAGCCAGACCCAGGGCCGGACCAGGGACUCCCAUGGACCUGAAUGUAACCUCACACACUCCGAUCCUGCUUUCACUCCUCCGGAGAUCAGUUUGACGGACCACAGCAGAACGGGUCCACCUACAGGUACACCUUCACAGACGUCAGAGACAAAGGAAGAGAGCGCAGACUGUCAUAGACCUGAAACCUUAAAGGCUGGCUCCUCUGACGCUGCGGCAAAACCUUUAGAAGGACUAACAACACUGCACCCAGCAGGAGAGGAAAUCUCUGACUCUACAGAGCCAGAUUUCAAGGACAAGGAUGGCCAGGACGCACAAACAGAGCGUGAAGCAGAGAUAAAAGCUUCAUCAGAAAAUGAGGACUGGUCAGUUGCUGGUGAAGAGCCAGUAAAGCGGACAGGUUUGUUGGAAUGUACCUCUCCACGAUCCACAGAGGACUCGUUUGUUGAGGAAUUUCCUGAAGAAAAAACACAUCGUACACAGUCUGUGGAUUCAGACAAUACAGGACAACCUGUGGAUCCCGAGGGGAGACCUGCAGGAUUUAUGGAAUGUGAGUGUCCUGCAGAGGCAGGGGGUCUGCCAUGUGGAGGGACGACGGAUAUGUCGCCACUUCUUACAGGGGAAGGAAGGGCUGACACAGCUCCCAGGGAAUAUUUAGAGCAUUGUUUGGCCUCUGAGAUGCUGAGAGAUCAGCCGCAGAAGGAGGAAGGGAAGAAUGAGUUGUGGGUAGGUGAAGAGGAAGAGGGAAAGGAGAGAAGUUGUGAAAGUGGAAUAGAACAGAGAGAGGAGGAAUCUACUUCAGAUGGAGACAAAGAGCAAAAAUACAAUGAAGAACUCGCUGCGACAGCCGUAGCAGUUGUUACUGUAGCAGUAGCAUCAGCUGUAGCUAGCAUAGAGCUGAGCCAACAGCUAGCAAACAAUCAGUCAGAGAGUGAAGGGUCUGCCAGCAAAGAAGAACUAGCACAGGAUGCCAGCGUACCAACUAAGUCUCUAAAGCAGCCAGCGGGUGAUUUACUCAGCUUGGAUCAGACCUCACAGCUGCCUGCACAGCUGAUGAGCUCUGAGCAGAGUCAGGUGUUAGCAGCCGUUACAGCUGAGGCAGGAGACCAGCUCAGAGAGCAGCCGCACAUUAAACCUGCUGUUAACGCUGACAUAUCAGAGAAGGUCAAAGACGAGCAUGCAGCGGCAGAGCCACGUAACAACCAGCAGCAUAACAUCCACACACCCACUCCUGUAGGUGCUCCUAGUGUCACAGAAGACAACCAAACACAAGAGACACCAGACCGUCUCUUAGUGUGCUCCAGGCCUUUGGAAGAAGACAGCAUACUCCUGUCUGACCACAAACCUUUGCCAGAACCUGGAGACAAGAUCUCAGCUGAGGAAGAAAACCAGACAGAAAUCAAGCUGCAGGUAGAGAGCCCACCCCCUUCUCCAGUUACAGACACAGGACAACAUCCAGAGGACACACACAUGUCCUGUCCUGACUCUGAGGACAGCAGAGUCCUCAGAGACCAGCCUGUCUGUCAGACAGAGGCUGUGGUACAGGUAGAAAGUGACAGAGCUCGUUCUGAACACGCUCAGACGGGUGAGGUAGAUGACGUGUCUCCUGUAGAUGCUGCAGCAGAGCAGGGUGGUGAGAGGUGUGAAAACGUCUCAUCAGACGUGCCAGACUGUCGGGAGAAAGAGAGCGACCAACAGCUUGGUGAUCAGCUGACAGCUCUAAGUGAAGGGGGGAGUCCCUCUGUGCUGUGUCCUCUCAGCCAGACUCCUCUUGAUCCUCCCUGUGACUCUGCUCCUGAUGCUGCUGCACGUCAGGAGGAACCCACCGCCUCUGUGGAUUUACAGCAGGGUGAACAUCAGCCGUCACACUCGCCAGCAGACAUGAAGCUGCUCCCUCUGCAUGGGGAGCGUAAGGCUGAGGGUGGAGUCAGUGUGGAGGGUGAGGUGACUAAAGAGCCGGCUGUGGAUACGGUGGAUGGAUGGAAGCAGAGAGAGAGGACUAAGAUGGAGAGGGAAGACGAGGCAGGGGAAAAGAAGACUGCAGUGGAAGACCGAAACAUACAAGGAGCUGACAGCUGUGAGCAGAGCAGGAGGGAGCAGGACAGCACACUCACUCUGCAGAUCCAGAGGGACAGGGAUGUCUUCUGUCCAGUCCAGCCCCGCCCUGAACCUGACACAGUGACAUGUACAGACGUCCUCCCAGAGACAGACGAGUGUGUGUCGCUGUGUUUGACGCACACAGACAAAGACGGUCUGACCGUCAGCCCAACGCUGGACGAUAGUGUCUUUAAAAAGCCUGCAGACCCUCCCCCCCGUUUGGGACCCAGGGACAGGGGGGUCCAUGUCUCCUGGUCCUCCACAGACGAUGCCCGUCCCAGCGAGGGGGAUCUGUCAGUAGGCUCUUCUGAGCCUGCGUCUCCUCGCAGCUCCAGGCUGUCCUGGAAAUCAGAAACAGAGGACCGGGGAGGAGGAGGAGAAGAGGAGGAGAAACACGACCAGCUCACAGAGAAUCCUGUCUCCUCCGCCAUCAUGCGAGCCUCCAUCCGUUCUCUCUCCCCGCUCCGUCGGCACAGCUGGGAGCCGGCCGGGAACAACGCCACUGCACAGACUGACGUCACACCGAGCAGCCCUCUGGGGAGUCCAUCAGCAGAGACCAAGAGAGCCAAGACCCCCCUGCACAGGAGAAGUAUGAGCUGGUGUCCAUCCAACCUGCACCGCCCUGACCAGCAGCAAAUAGACAGCAGAAGCUACAGUCUCGAGGGACUGGAGGAGACAGGGACUCUGCAGACUCAAUGUCCUAGCAUCCUCUCUGAUCAGCAGGAGAGGAGUGCAGGGAGGAGAGAGGAGAGGGGCUCUCUGCUGUCCCUCACCGAGGAGGAGCAGGAGGGAGACGCUGGCAGCAUCCACAGCCAGCCAUCACAUCAGGUAUUGUCAGUGACCAACAGCUGUCCCACCAUGUUCCAUCACCAAUCCCUCACCAAAUCCAUCUCCAUGGUUGCCAUCAGUCAAAGAGACAUAGGUGGAGGCGGCCCGUUCUCCAGUAACUCCGGCUCACUGGAGUACAGUAUUUCAGAGGAGGAGCCGGGCCCCCUGCGGAGCGACACAGAGGGAAAAGGAGGCCCUAAAAUCAGCCGCACGUUCAGCUACCUGCGCAACAAGAUGACCAAGAAAGGAAAGGAGAAAGAGAAGGAGAAGAGAGGAGAGAGGGAGCGAGAGAGUAAAGAGAAAGAGAAGAAGACUUUGAAUGGCCAUCUUUUCGUCUCCAUCAACCCGUCUUCUUCCUGGGUCUGUCUGAUCUGCAGCAGACCUCUGAAGGACAUCAAGGACACCUUCAUCUGCAACAACUGUGGAGUGUACGUCCAUAAGUGCUGCAGAGAGAGUCUGUCAGUCUGUUCAAAGAGCAGAACAAAGAUGCAGAGUCUGGUUCCUGAUGCUGCUCCUGGAUCAGCUGUGAGCAUGAGGAGUAAAUCUACAUCUUCAGCAUCGUCUGUAUCAUCCACAUCAUCCUCAUCAUCACGGGAACGCUGGUCCACCGCAACCACGCCUGAUGACCAGCUUCCUGUGCUGUUUCCACGGAGACACCCCAGCAUCUUCAACGCACACAGCAACUUGUCCAAGAGCAUCUCAACCAGCAACAUAGCAGGGUUAGAUGACGUUCCUCUGAAAGGCCUCAAGUUCCUGUCUCAGUCCACCGACUCCCUGCACCAAGGCAGCAAGGUCAACGCUUCCACUGAGUCCCUCACUGAUGAAGGCACUGAGAUGAUGGACAGCCAGCUGAUGGGAGAGUUUGAGUGUGACGUUAAGGAUCUGGAGGCGGACUCUUGGAGCGGCACGGUGGACAAAAAGUUCCUAAAGGCUCUGAAGAAAGACGAGAUCAAGAGACAGGACGUGAUCUAUGAGCUGUAUCAGACAGAGUUUCACCACGUGAGGACGCUGAGGAUUAUGAGUGAGGUUUACUAUAAAGGUCUUCAGAAGGAGCUGCAGCUUGACACGCUCACCCUGGACAAGAUCUUCCCCAUGUUGGACGAACUGCUGGACAUGCACACGCUCUUGUUCAGCCAGCUGCUGGAGAGGAAGAGAGCCUCUUCAUCUGAGGGACAAAACAACAACAACUUCCUCAUCCGCAGCGUCGGGGGCGUCCUCUUACAACAGUUUUCAGGCUGCAGCGCUGAACGCAUGAAGAAGGUCUACGGGAAGUUCUGCAGUCGCCAUAACGAAGCGGUCAACCUGUACAAAGACCUGCACGCCAAAGACAAACGCUUCCAGGCCUUCAUCAAGAGGAUGAUGAGCAGCAGCAUCGUGAGGAGGCUCAGUAUCCCAGAAUGCAUCCUGUUGGUCACUCAGAGGAUCACAAAGUAUCCUGUUCUCAUUCAGAGGAUCCUGCAGCACACCAAGGAGUCUGAUGAGGACCACAGCUGUGUGUGUGAUGCUCUGCGCUGUGUGAAGGAGCUCAUCGCCGCCGUGGAUAGUAAAGUCAAUGAGCAGGAGAAGAAGCAGAAACUGAGGGAGGUCUACAGCCGCACUGACAGUAAGUCCAUCAUGAGGAUGAAGAGCGGCCAGAUGUUCGCCAAAGAGGAUCUGAUCAGAGGGAGGAGGCUGCUGCACGACGGAGGACUGCAGCUUAAGAACUCAGCCGGCAGACUAAAAGAGGUUCAGGCCAUGCUGCUGUCAGACGUGCUGGUGUUCCUGCAGGAAAAAGACACGAAAUAUGUGUUUGCCUCAUUGGAUCAGCGCUCCACAGUCAUCUCUCUGCAGAACCUCAUCGUCAGAGAGGUCGCCAACGAGGAGCGAGGACUCUUUCUGAUCACAGCAGGCAUCGAGAGACCGGAGAUGGUGGAGGUGCUCGCCAGCAGCAAGGAGGAGAGAAACACAUGGAGGGCAAUCAUACAGGACGCCAUGCACUGCAUGGAGAAAGACGAAGACGAGGGCGUCCCCAGUGAGACGGAAGAAGACAGGAGGCAGCAGGAGAGCAGAGCCAAGGAGAUCAGAGAGCUGCUGCGACAGAAAGACGAGCAGAUCAUCUCUCUGCUGGUGGAGAAAGUCCACAUCUUUAGAGAUCUGAGCGACUGUAGCCCCGCACCUGACGACCGGACCCCACCUGUCAGAGAGCGGAUGUUGUUUAGAGCCACUGCUGAUGAUGUCACAAAGGGAGAGCCAAUCGUAAAGGACGCUCUGAGGGAAGUGGAGUCGCUGCACGCUCUGGUCCACAGCGGUGUGGGUGGAGCUGGGUGCAGUACUCCAGUCGGCCUGACAGGGGGCAGUGUGGGACCGGUGUGUCUGCCCAGGAGAGCCGAGACGUUUGGAGGCUUUGACAGUCAUCAGAUGAACAGCAGCAAGAAUGGAGAGAAAGAGGAAGGGGAUGAAUCACUGGACCUCCGCAGGACUGAGUCAGACAGCGUGCUGAAGAAGGGAGCCACUGCCAGCCUGCAGAUGCUACUGAAGAGGAACAAUGAGGUCCAGCACACUGUGACACACCUGCAUGACUUGCUGCUGUCGCUACAGGCUGUAGUGGUCCAGCAGGACUCUUUCAUCGAGGACCAGCGUCAGGCCCUGAGUGACCGGCUCACUGCUAACUCCUCCAGACACUCAUCGUCCUCUUCACUCUCCUCCUCUUCCUCCUCCCGGCCCUCCUCUCUUAUCGAGCAGGAGAAACACAGGAGUCUGGAGAGGCAGCGACAGGAGGCGGCCAGCCUGCAGAAACAGCAGGCUGCUCACCAGGAGGAGAAGAGGAGGAGAGAGAAGGCGUGGGAUCUGAAGGAGAGGGGUCUGGCAGAGCGGGAGGAGAGACUGAGGGUGGAUGAGGGGGAGACCAGCAGGAGGCGUCAGGAGCUGGGAGAGGAAAGAGAGACGCUGCAGAGGAAGAAGGAGGACUACCAGAGGGAGCUCGAGAGGCUGAGGGAGGCACAGAGGAGGCUGGACAGAGACAAGGAGGCUCUGAGGAGAGACACGGAGAGGCUGGAGGCCAUGAGGAGAGAGGAGUCGGAGCAGCUCAAGAAGUACCAGCGGACGCCCUCCACCACCUCAGAGGAGUCCAUCAGGUUCCACAGCUCCGGGUCUCUGGAAAUGGACUCAAAGGAGGCUGAGGAAUCCAAAGAGGUGGAGCUCUCCUCCUCUGCCCCGACCAAAGAACCUUUCCUCCGCAUCGGAUCCAAGAGGAUGGGUAAAAACUUUAACCCGUUCUCCUCCUCAUCCUCGUCUUCCUCCAAAGCUCAGGGAGCAGAGAAGGAGUCCCAGCUGCCCAGCAGACUGCUGCAGCUGACCAAACCCAAAGACAAGAAAGACAAGAAGAAGAAGAAGGGAAAAGACACAGAGAACAAGGUGACGUCAGAGCCUCAGAACGAUGGAGACAUCUUCUUCUGCUGAGGACCUGAAAACACACCUGAUCGGACAGCAGGACGCAGACUGCCCCAGAACUCUGGACUCACAACAUCAGUCCCCACCUCCUGUCAAACACGCACACCGUGUUUGCAUGUAUGCCGUGUAAGCACAGGAAUGAGCUCCUCCCUGAGACCAUAGGUGAACUGGAGACUCAUCAGGAGGACGUACAUGUGCCAAAGACUCCUCCACAACUAUCUCCCUCAAAGCCAAGGAGGAUCAAAGAGGAGCACGGAGCCCUCACAUGUUUGACCUUCACUCUGUGCCUCCACUCAGCUCACUGAUGUUAGCUUCAAGGUGCUCUCAGCUCCUCAGGACAAACACCUGGAGGAACUGUAACCUAACGUUUGAUGUGUUUGUCCUCAUGUUUAACCACAGAUCGAUCAAAGACGCACAGAAACCUCACCACACUGUGUCUGUGGCCUCUGACCUCUGCAGGUCGGCGUGAGCCUCCAGGCACAACCAAUCAAUCCCCGAUCAGUCACAGAGAGAGAUGGAUCCUCUGUAGAGAUAGCAUCAGUGCCUUCAGCCUCUGUUAGCUCAGUGCACACACAGCGGCUCACAGCAGGUGUGUUUUAAUCCUGCAGGUGUCAGUGUGUUUAUCAAAGGCACCUGUACCUAUGGAUGACAAUCUUUUCUGCACUCAGAUAGACAAUCAAGGCCAUGCAAUAAUCACUGUCUGCAGCAGACAAACUCCAGAGAUACAAAGAUCUGAAUUUGCACUUUAGAGGGAGAGAGAUUAUUUUAGGGUCUCAGAUUUUAAUCCCAAACUCAGUCAUACUUGAGUCUUUUGUUCUGGAAGAACAAACGAAGAUGAGAAGACACAGAUAAAGACAGUUAAACAUCAAACCGCAGACUUCAUACUUUAACAACUUAUUUUAUUGUAUUUGGAAAAGUUAUUUCACAGAGCAUGUAUCACAUUUAACAACAAGUCCUUCUUUUAGUCUUCUACCAUCACUGGUCAGUUAGGGUUUAAGGAUGACUGUCCUCCUUCUCGGUCCCUGUGGGUCUUCAGCUGGAUGUAAAGGCCAGUUCUGGACCCGUUAACCUUCACGGUGGUGAAGGAAGUGGUCUGCAUUUGUCUUCCGCAGCACCCUGGAGGUCAUUAUUAUGCAGUGCAGCACCUUCACAGACAGGCUCUUCUGCUUGAGCACGUUUUCCAGUGAGCAGGUGGGAAUACAGGACAUGUUUAGGGAGGCCCGAGUCAGGCUACGGAUGACAUUCAGCCUUACACAUAAAGCUUUACAACCUCUCACCUGAAUGUCCAUUUGGUGGCUUUCCUCCACCUGGCACAGACCUCACCUGCAGACACACACCUCCUGUAGAUGUUGAUCUUUCAUUCCCAAAACAUUUGAUGAACUCACACUCAAAGGGCUGAGCAGUGAGAAACUCCGACAUGCUCGUCACUUGAGUUCACAUGUCCUCAGUAACGUCUUUGUACUGCACCUUUAAAUGAUUCUGUCUCAGCCGUGAUUUAGAUUUUACAGAGUAAACCAAAGCAGAGCCAGCUGUAAUCUGCUCAGAUUUACUGAGUUUUUAUUCUGAAAGUGACUAAACCGAAGUGAAGCAGUUUUCACAGACAAUCAUGAGGGGGCUGGAAACUUUUCAAAGAGUUCCUCUCAGAAGUUUAAGCCUAACUUUAAAUCUGCUUUAAAUCCCUCUGCAUGACUCUGCACAGGCUCCUGAAUGUAUGUGACACCAAACCUGCUAAUACCCCCCUCUGAAUCCUUCCUUCUAAUCCAGAUAUCCAGUGUCUGCUCGUCCCUAUGCAGCUCUGUGGCUGUUGAUAACACACAACACACACAAACACGCACAGCGCUGCUCUCAUCCUUUCAACACACACACACACAGCGCAGAGCUGCUCUCAUCCUUUCAACACACACACACACCCACACACCCACACACACACACACACACACACACACACACACACACACACACACACAGAUACACACACACACACACACACACACAUGCAGUGCAGCUCUCAUCAUUUCAACACACACACAUGCAGUGCAGCUCUCAUCCUCUCAUAAUAAGUCAUUGCUUCCCCACAUUGAUUUCCUCCUCCUGUUCUCUGCUGCAGUCUGAAGAAUAAUAUUUCAGCUCAGUGUCAUUUCCCGCCCCUCUGCUGAGCCCAGCACAUUUCUCUAGAAAAUAAAAGCCCUGUACCCCCCACCUCUCCCUCCUCAUCCUCUUCUUCAUCCCCUCAUCCUCCCUCUGGUCUCCUGAUGUUCAGCGAUCAGUCCUCCUUUGUAGAAGCAAACACUGUGAAUCCUGCGCUCUCCUGCAGACCACAGAGUUUCUGUACCAGCAGUGUGUUUGAUGAUGACUCACACCCUCACACAGCUUUAAUGAGACAAAUACAUUCAUGGUUAACAGAUCUGUAAAAACACCCUGAUCACACUUUGAGCAAAGAACAACUGAAACCAAUACAAAACUUUAUUUACAAUACUUUUUUGCACACAGCUGUCAAGUCAAGCUGUUAAAGCUAACAUCUCCCUCUCUUCAUGUUUAAUCCAACAGGUCAAAGUCUGCCGCUGACAUUUGUUAGCAUGCUACAGAGCUAAUGUGCUAGUCAGUUUAGGGACAUACCUCUAAAUAUCAUCUUAAGUCAGUUUACCUGCUCAGUCAGGUAUAGUCCAAGCUGUGCUUUCAGUGACUGAAACACAGAUUUAUCUGAGCGGGACAUUAAAUGCAUCAUAUGUUCACCAGUCCUGUUAGUUUAUUUUUCAGCAUGUCUUAAUUGCUGAAUCAGGAAUUUUACUUUCAAAGUCAAACAAAGAAUUAAUUCUGAGAUCCUGCUGAUACGUGAUUUGGGAAUGAAGUGACCUAACCUGUCUGUGUGUUCGUUAGUGUUGUCUGUGCUAGCAGUGUCUGUUUCAAGUGCAAACUAACGCGGUUCAGUGUUUUUAGCGCUCAUCAGCUGCCCUCCAUCCCUACUCUCACUGCGCUCCCUGCUGAGAACACUCAUCAAGGUCACUGCUCCAUCAUCAACCAAUCAAAAUCAAGAAAGGGCGGGACUCAAAGUAGAUACCAAGUGCACUGUUUUUUAUGAGGGUAUCAAUACAAGGUCUGACCUACUAAUGCUUCAACAUCUUUAAUGCUUCCUUGAAAAAUAUUGUUGAAUAAAAUGAAUAUAUGAAUAUGAAGCAUUUAAAUAGAUUUAAAAGUCACUGAUUAAGGAAGCAGGCAUACUGUGGGACAGCUCUUGUAACCAAGCAACAGUUAGCGCCAGUGAGAAGCGAUGUUGAGGUUGUUGGUCCUGCCAGCACAAAAGAACAGCGUCAAUGGGCAGGAACUAAAAUGACAGGCUUAUUCUAAAACUCAUCCACUUUAAAAAAGACAUGUUUACUUCCAGCUGUCACUUCUCUGUAGUUUAAGACAUGCAGGUUUGAAUCUGAUGGUGUUGUCGUGUAGCUCACAGCAGCAGGGUCACACACAGCAUCCAGAGUCCUGCUGAGAGAAGGGACGUUACCUCAUCGUCACCCUUCCUCAGACCUGCAGACUGACCCCACAGGGACUACCAUCAGUGAGCUUCCUGUGCAGCUUUAUUCAGUGACACACUUCCUCUCUGUAUGCACAGACGAACCUGCAGGUUUGAUGACAGAAACAGUGUUUGGUGGUAGAUUUGAGUGAUUUUAAAGAGGAGCUGAAGCGUGCCAUGAGGCUGGCUCUCUCCUCCUCCACAGUGUUCACACUCAGCGUGCACUAGCAUCUUACUAAAAAACAUUCAUAAAGAACUUUACACACUUACAGUUUUUGCACUGUGAGCUUUAUGAAAUGUAUUUGUACUAAAAAAGAAGGUACAAAGUUUAUUUUUCUCUUUUUAUGUACAAAGUAAAAGCAAACCAUUGUGUAAAUAUGUUUUCUGUACAAAUUUGAACUUCCAAAGUAUUGACGACUGUGGAUUUUGUUUAGUUUUUUUUAACUAAAUAACAAAGCUUUAUUUAUCUGGUUACUUCCUGUUUUAAACUGUACAGUUCUCUCUCCACAAUAAAUAACGAUGCUGUUUGACA